GUCCACGCCGACGCCGACCCCCAGUCCAGCGACGUCGACUGGAUCGAGCGGCAGAUCGACUGGGACUUAGUGGAGCAGGCCAAGUACAAGGAUUCAGGACCGAACUUGGACGCGGGCUGGUGCGCUGCCAGGCCUCCAGAAGAUUUCCAAGCCCAGAGCAACCAUGGGCACUUCAUAUCCAGAAGCAUGGCGCCGCCACCUCCAGAAGCGGAGCUCGCUUAUCCUCGUGGGCCAGUGACCCAGAGCUGGCUGUGCCGCAGCGGCUUCAUCGGCAACUGGGAGGAGGUGCCCAGGGGCAGCGAGUGCGCCCGGAAGUGCUUCCCCAAGGCGGAGCGCGAGGGUCAGAAGGCGCUCUUGCACUGGGACUGGUGGAGCGGGGCGGGUAUCGACAGGUGCGCGGAG